AGGCAGGGGGGGUGGCACCGGCGGGGAUCACUUCCAUGGACCAUCUGUCUCCCUCGACUCAACAAAGAAGGAGGACGCAGGAUGGUGUUAGUCCAUGUCGGCUAUCUGGUUCUCCCCGUCUUUGGCUCGGUUAGAAAUAGAGGAGCGCACUUCACCAGGCACCAACACAGCCAUGCUACCUCCUGCCGGCACUUUCACCUGGGUGCUCCGCAGGCUCCCAUCUCGGUCGAGUUCCCUUUAGGACACAACAGCCAGCCCCCUCAGACGGGCCUGGCCGCCCACCUUCCUGCCGUGCACCAUCCGCCUCUAACUGCCCUGCCCGCGGCACCUCAGUUCCAGGACGUGUCGGGGCCUCCGUUCCUACCUCAGGCCUUACACCAGCAAUACCUCAUCCAGCAGCAGCUCCUAGAGGCGCAGCACCGACGAAUUCUACCGCACUCCAGAAGAUCCCAGGAGCGUAUUCCACUGAACCCCCACCGAAUGCGCUCCGUCUACGAGUACUCUGCUCCCCUACAAGUCCCCCAGCCGAUGACACAGCAGCCAAGGUACCUUGCCGAAGGCACAGACUGGGAUCUCAGUGUAGACGCCGGCCCCCUUCCUCAUCACCCGUACCACCUACAGCAUCUCCCGCAGCACUACCAGCACUACCUGGCCUCCCCUCGAAUGCACCACUUCCCCAGGAACUCGUCUUCUGCACAAGUGGUUGUGCAUGAAAUCAGAAACUACCCGUACCCACAGCUGCACUUGUUGGCGCUGCAAAGUCUAAACCCCUCCAGGCACGCUACUGCGGUGCGAGAAAGCUACGAGGAGCUGCUUCAGUUGGAGGACCGUUUAGGGAGCGUCAGCAGAGGUGCCGUUCAGACCACUAUCGAGAGAUUUACCUUCCCACACAAGUACAAAAAGAGGAAGCCCCUGCAUUUAAAGAUUGGGGAAGAGGAGGAGGAGACGGACGUGGACGAGAAGUGCACCAUCUGUUUAUCCAUGCUCGAGGAUGGGGAGGACGUCAGGAGGUUACCCUGCAUGCACCUCUUCCACCAAGGCUGCGUGGACCAAUGGCUGGCGACCAGCAGGAAGUGUCCCAUCUGUCGAGUUGACAUCGAGACACAGCUGAACGCUGACAGCUGAUGGGAUUUCAACCCCCUCCACUUGUUGGUAGUGGUUCCUGCUUUCUUCCAUCCACAACACAACCCCCAUGAAACAACCCCCCCCCCCCCCCUCCUCCCACCCAUCCCAAAAUUGGGUGCUUCUGCCAAAAUGUCUCCAGACUAUGACGUGACAUCAUCGCUUUACUGAGCCAAACCAGGAAGUAGACGUGCACGAGGACUCUUUUUCAAACACAAAGCACAUCUCUCUGCGAGCGACACACACACACACACACACACACACACACACACACACACACACACACACACACACACACACACACACACACACACACACACACACAGGGUUUUCUUUGUAGCUUGCUGGUUCUAUAAGUGGUGACCGUGCUGCUGCUGCUGCUGCUGGUGUUGUUGUACUGUAGGCGCCCUUGGGCUGUGUAGCAUGUCCUUAAAGCCAUGACUUAAAUGUCCCGAGCACUCAAUACCCAAGCUGGCGGCUCUCUCUCUCUCUCUCUCUCUCUCUCUCUCUCUCUCUCUCUCUCUCUCUCUCUCUCUCUCUCUCUCUAUAUAUAUAUAUAUAUAUAUAUAUAUAUAUAUAUAUGUUCUCUCUUUUCCUUCUUCCAUAUGAGGAAGCCGAACAGAAAAUGCCGUGUUUACCUUUAUAUGAUCGUGAGUAGCAGAAACCAGCGCGUGAUUUGUGGCGCCUCCUUUGGGGCCCGAGCGCCAUCUGGUUGAGUGUUUUUUUUUUAUUGUUUUUUUUUUUUUAUUCUAUCGUGCAGCUUUGACGUUUUGCAAUACACUCAAGUAGAAUCGGAGGCACCGAGACACAUGAAAAAUCAAGCGAAAUAUGGCAACUUUCCAUGGGAAUUAAAAGGAAAUAAGGUAAAGAAGUAAACGUCUAUUGAUAAAGUGCCAAUUUACCAUGAAGGUACUUAGAAUUCAUAGCAAAAAAUAUAGUUCAAAUUAAAAAUAUUUAGGCAAUAUUUUAUUUAUUUUGUUAUUUUUCUGUCAAAUACAAAAUAUCUAUUAUAAUGUAGUGUAAAAUAUGUUUAAAUAUAAAUAUAAAUAAAUGAAAUACAUGCACAUUGUAUACAAUUUGUAAUGCACCAAUUUCCACUCAACAUACUAGAUUAAAUCACUCUUCAAUAUUUGUUUUGUAUUUUUGUUCAAUAAAACAGGAAAGGCAUUUUAUUAAAAUGUAAAUUUAAAUGUCAAAUAAAAAAAGAAAAUCGAAGUAUAUAUUACAUUAAAUAUAUUAAUCACUAAAACACAUAAAAUACAUUUAGGCAAUAUUCU